AAUUCAGUAAACCCUGUUCCUAAACCCAGCUCUACCUUCCUGUGAAUCAUUAUCUGUUUGCAGUUGGUUGAUUUACAUCAAAGGAGUGCGGUCCCUGCUCUGUCUCAGCGUUUUUGCUAGAGCCCUGAGACAAAAGUCUUAACUCUGAGAGAGAGAUGGGCAGAAUAUUUGUGGUGGAUCUGGAAGGCAGAACCUACAGAUGCAAAUUCUGCAAAACCCAUUUAGCUCUUGCUGAUGAACUCGUUUCCAGGGCAUUUCACUGCCGCAGGGGGAAGGCCUACCUGUUUAACAAUGUAGUGAAUAUCACAUUCGGACCUCAUGAGGAGAGGAUGAUGCUUUCUGGAGUGCACACGGUAGCGGAUAUAUUUUGCUGCUGUUGUGGGCAAAUAGUUGGCUGGAAAUACGAGGCUGCACAUGAGAAGAGCCAGAAAUAUAAAGAAGGAAAGUUCGUUCUUGAAAGAGGGAGGAUUAUGGAUGGAGUCGACUCAGAAUUUUAUAUUGAUACCCGCCCUUCUACAAGUGAUGCUGAAGAUGCAUAGAUUUUUGUUGUUUCUGUACUUGACGAAGAUAAUAAAUGUUUGAGGCUGUUUCAAGGACUCCUCUAGCUUGUAGAUAUGGAAGAAUGAAACUGCUUUGGACUGUCCUGUUCUGCUUUUCAUAGAUGAGUGGAUUUAACAUGUUGUACUUAUCGUUAUCUAUGGUCAAUACAAGGUAGGAAUUCUGAACAUGUUCGUGAAUAAUAAGCCUGAAGAGAUUUCCUUA